UUGCUAUAAUUCCUGAAUUGACAAUCGACAUUUUUUUGUUUCUGUGAGAUGCGGUCUUUAUGGCUGCAGACGCUUAUUAAAGAUGUUCCUGUGCCUGUCAAGUAUUUAGACGGCGAAAUAUACAGCGAAUGGAGAAGACUCAAAGGAGGGGGUGGCUAUAAUCAGCUGAUUGCUGUAAUGCGCGUGCCUGUCUGUACGUUUGUCUUUUCUCAGCGCCGGCAGUUUGGGACUUACAUUUUACUUAAUCCUCUAUAGUUCAUCUUUACAGAUCUAAUGGACAGGGAAGAAGAGGUAACUUAGUGAGAAAAUAAAUUUUCCAGGAUUUAAAAAUAUAUAUAUAUAUUUCAUUGGUAUUCCGGAUGAUGAAUGAUUGCACAAUAUUAGAGUGAGCUAAAUUUACGUAUUAUAUAAUAUUUUGGAAUAUCUCCGUGUUCUGGAACCACUUGUUAUCUAGUCCUAUCCAAUGCUCUUUGCGGUGUAUCGGUUCUGAAUCGGUGAAUGAAAAAAAAAAACUCAUAUGGAAUGUAGAGAAAAUUAGGAUGCGCGGUACGUGGAAGAUCAAAGAUUUUCAGUUUCAUUUUGUUUAUGGAAGGGGAUCUCUAUGGAUUUAAUCACACAUAGUCUAUUGCAUCACGUUCAAAUCAAUGUGUUCUCUGAAUCAUAAUGCAGGAUUUAACAAAACGUUAUCAAAAUAGACAAAUAGUCUUAUCAGUUCAACGUCAACUCGACUUUCAACACGAGAUAUAAAACUCAUCUUCUUUAAAUUUUCUCAUUAAGGUAUUUUACCUACAUAUUUUACCUGCUAGCUGGGAAGUGGGAGAGGCGGGUGUCUCUUCAUCCGGGAACUGACAUUUAAAAGAGAACUUGAACAAGAGGGAGUCGAGAACCGAAAGAAAAAGACAAGACACGACGAUUUUACGGUGUAAUGUCCCCCAAUACUAGGGGGAUAAAAAACAGAGGUCUCUUAUUUGGGAUACAGGGAUCAGAGACAUGUUUUAUGUAAAGGAAUCCGACCAAAAUUUCCAACUGGAACAGGCAUGGGACCAUUCGGUUACGGAUACUUUAUACGAAGACUCAUCGCAACUCUAGGCCUACUCCUUAUAACAUGCGAUUGUGUGGAUUCCACUAGAGAUGUUCUGGACCUUAUUUCAAAUCUUCAGAGUCGCACUGGAUUUACAAACAUCACGGGGCAAAAUAAUCGCACAACAGCCAUUUAUUUGCAAGAUUCCAGUAGGAACGUAGCAGUUUCAGAUUACUUGUUGAGGAAAGCUUUAAGGAUUUUUAAAGACAGUAGUGAAUUAACUUUUCUAGCAACCAUGAAGCAAGAAAUCGGAAACUCUGGUAGCAUUUUAGCUUUUUCUUCAGAUAUUUACAGGUUUUUUGAGAUUGAAAGUAGUGGCCAACAAGAUGAAAUUCGUGUGCACUACAGACAUGACCAACACCAUUAUGUUUUAACAUUCCCAUACAGCCUAGCUGACAAUAAGUGGCACAAACUGGCUGUCACCGUGACAACCAAUCAUGUGACCAUAUUUGUGGACUGUUUGAAAGUUUACGAACAUGAUAUACAAAUUGUGGAUCGUGUUCCACCGUCGUCAGAUAUUCAGUUAUUUGUGGGUCAGCAAAGCAGACAACAUGCAUUAUUCAGGGGGGGAUUACAAGAUGUACAAAUUGUCACACAAGCUCACGGAUAUGUUUUACAAUGCCCAGUUCAAGAAACAGAUUGUCCAACAUGUUCACAGUAUCAGGCAUUAGAAGAACAGCUCCAGAGAGCAGAGAAAAGGAUCAAAGAACUAGAGCAGUGUGAAUGUCACAAAGGCUGUCGCUACAACGGGACAUCAAAAAAGGAGGGAGAGGUGUGGCACCCCGACCAGUGUACGCUCUGUGACUGUAAGAAUGGGACUGUACAAUGCAGGAAGCUAGAUUGCCCCCCUGCCCUCUGUGAUCACCCCGUGUACAGAGAGGGACAGUGCUGCCCUCUAUGUAUGACCAACUGUUACUUUAAUGGGAAAUAUUACCAUCAUGGAGAGAGUGUCAGUCCGAAAGUCUGUGUCACCUGCACAUGUAAUGAUGGCAAUAUGGAGUGUGAGAGGAUGGACCCAGAGGUCAGUUGUCCCAAUUUAAAUUGUCCGGAAGAGAAAAGACUACACAUUGAGGGGGAGUGCUGCCCAGUGUGUGAGGGUACAGAUUUCUGUGGUCUUGGAAACAAUUGCCACUCAAAUGCAUCCUGCAUUAACUUGUCAACCAGGUUUGCCUGUCAGUGUUUACCAGGUUACCGUGGAGACGGUGUCCAUUGCAAAGAUGUUGAUGAAUGCCUAACAAAAGGAGGAAAGUAUGGUCACCACUGCAAUGGUCAAACUAUCUGUGAGAACACAAUAGGGUCAUACCUAUGCAAGUGUCCCUCUGGUCAUAUUCCAGAGGAUCCUUAUAACUGUACUGGCUCUGGCUAUGAUUUUUCUAAUUCAGCCCCAGGAAGGGAAAGUGAUGGAACUUUUUUGCUGACAUUUUUUUCCCUAAUCCUGGUGAUUUUGUGGGUUUCUGGUGUCAGAUAAUGGUGCAAUGUGCCAUUAGAUCAAAACAUUGUUAUGACCAUGAUUCUGAGUAUGAGCAGCCAUCUUUGUUGGGUGGUUGCACAGAGUGUUCAUGUGAAUACGAACUGUUCCAUCAAGAAAAAUUCCAUUUUUUAAGCCUAUGAAACAGUUGAUUUUGAUUUAAUUAAAUGCAGAAGUGAAAGCCUUUUUAUACUUUGAAAUUGUCUUGCUUGAUAGCUAGAAAAUUUUGCUAAAUUCAUGUUUUGGUUGUAAAAAUCAUAUAAUUUAAUCAUUUUGCAGAAAAAAUGACUAAAAAUUAACUUUUAUAUUCAGAUACAUGUACCAGUAGAUAAAUUAUGUUAAAACUUCAUGCAUAUUCCAUAAUCAAGAAAUAGAUAUUGUGACUGUUAAUUGCACUGUUGUUUAUUAAUUAAGAUUUUAAAUUUUCAUUGAUGAUUGAUGCAUUAUGUAUUAUAUGUAUAAUAUGGUAUGGCUGUUUGAUGUUUAUGGUUCAUUUGUUGGAGAAAUGGAAAUAUUUUUUAUUAUUACAUUUGUGAUAUAUUAAGUGUAUGAAUGAUUUGAGGUUAGAUUGAUGGCCAUUUUUAUUAAUUGUUGUGAUUUGUUAAUCAUUGUUAGAUCUAUUUUCAUUAAGAUGAAAUGAGUUCCAGUAUUGCAGAACCAUUUAUUCUCUGCUGCUGUAACACUGCUGUCAAAUUGUCCGAGUCUGGUAACAUAAGGCAGUGAAAGGAGAAGUCUAUACAAAUCUCCCAGAUACUCAGUAAAACUUCAAGUGAGGAAAUAGCUUUACUUCUCCAUAAAGCUAUUUGCUCAUUAUGCGAAGUGAUAGCUAGUCUAAGAACAGCCUUCUAUUAAAUUGAGUUAUCAUGUGAUUAAACUGUUUCUCGAACAUAGAUUAUUUUGUAUUCCAUUUUCUCAAUGGUUUUUAUUAAACCAGUUUAUUUUUUAAUCCUUUGCAUAUCCAGUGCAUUGAAAAAUGUCCCAAAAUACUCUAAGCCUCCAUGCAUGCAUUUGUUGCCAGACUCUGCUAUUCUAAGCUAUAUAUCAUAUAUAGUAUUUACAAAAGGUGUAUCUUGAAAAGAUGUGUGAGAGAAAGUUUUCUGACUUUUUUAUUACGAAUUGAAUUUGUUGUUAAAUUGCCUUGUUAAAAAUGCUUUGUAUAUGAAAAAUGUGAUAAUUUGUAUUAGCAAUCUUAGUCGUACAUGUGUGAGUUCAAAUGCUUGAUUAGACACAACAAAUUAAGAAAAUUGCCAUAUAACUGAAAAACAAAAUGGCCACAAGAAGCAAUUAGUCAUUUGAAAUUGUAUUAUGAUUGUUUGUAGAAAGAUUUGGUCAAAAAUAAGAAUAAAAUUCUGCUCCAGCAGUCUUCAAAAAUCAUUUUCGGUAUUUGGUUCCUGAGACAUUUAAUAUUUUGUUGUGUGAGAUUAACUAAAUUCAGUACCAUAUUGUUUGAUCAGGUUUUUGAACUUGAGGGAAAAAAGUUGUAUAUACUUCUCUAAUGAGUAAAUGAUUUAUUAGAUCAAAUUUUCUACCUCUGAAUUAUCUGUAGGAUUUAUUUCAAAUUUAUUAAAUUCCCAUUUCCUAC